GUCAUUUGUCCUAUUUGCAAUCUUGCAUAUUAUUUAUUUGAUACACAAAAUGGACCUUUUUCUCCUCUCUUUUGCAAUUACACUUGCUAUUAUCAUAAAUUUUUUGUUCAAAUAUUUUCUUGCUAAACCUAAAGAAAAAAUCCCUUUAGCUCCAGGGACUUUUGGUUGGCCAAUUAUUGGAGAAACAAUUCAAUUCCUUAUGUCACUUUACUAUGGAUUAGUCCAUGAAUUUGUUCAAAAAAGAACCAAAAAAUACAAUUCCAAUGUCUUUAAAACUUCAUUACUUGGCCAAAAUGUGGCUAUAUUUUCAGGUCCAGCAGCUAAUAAAUUCAUUUUUACCAAUGGAAAUAAACUUCUUAUUGGUUAUAGACCUCCUUCUGUCCAAAAAUUAUUCCCUUCUACAUCAUUUGUUCCUAUAGAACAUGACACAAAAAGGGCACAAAAUGUCAUUAGUUAUUUUCUUAACUCAAAAAAUGUUGAAAAACUUAUUAGUACUAUGGACAAUAUGUCACAUUUUCACUUGGAAAAUCAUUGGAAAGGUAAACGUGAAGUGAUUGUGUAUGAUUUAGUGAAGUUAUUCACUUUCUCCCUUUCUAUCAGAGCGUUUAUGGGGAUCGUAGAUUCAGAUAAAAUCUUGUAUUUUUACGAAAAAUUCAAGAUUUUUACGCGAGGUCUUUUGGCAAUGGACAUAAAUUUUCCUGGCACAACAUUUUACAAGGCAAUGAAAGCUGGGAUUGAAUUAAGGAAAGAAAUGAAGUCUAUUAUUGAACAAAGAAGAGAAAAAUUGCAAGAAAAUCCAAAUAUUCCAAAGGUUGAUGUGUUAACACAAUUGUUAGAUGAACAAGAUGGAGAUGGAAAUUACAUGAGUGAAGUUGAAAUAGUUGAUAAAGUUUUUGGAUUUAUUAUUGGUAGUUAUGAUACUACUGCUAUAACUAUUACUUUGACCAUGAAAUACCUUCAAGAGAAGCCUGAGUUCUUCAAUGAAAUAAUGGAAGAGCAAAAUGAGAUAUCAAGGCAGAUGAAGCCAAGGAAAGUGCUAUGUUGGGAUGAUAUUCAGAAAAUGAGGAAAACUUGGAGCUUUGUGAAUGAAGUGUUAAGAAACAAACCAGUUGUUCAAGGCAUUUUCAGAGAAGCCAUAGAGGACAUCACUUAUGAAGACUUUGUCAUACCAAAAGGAUGGAAGAUAUAUUUGAGUUUUGGAGCAACACAAAAGAACAGUGAAUAUUUUCCAAACCCUAACAAGUUUGAUCCUUCAAUAUUUGAAGGAAAUGGACAGCUAGUUCCUUAUACAUCUGUUCCUUUUGGUGGAGGACAUAGAAUAUGUCCUGGAAAAGAAUUUGCAAGAUUAUUGAUUCUUGUUUUCCUUCAUAAUUUACUUAAAAAAUUUAGGUGGAAAGCUAAGGUUCCUUCAGAAAAGAUAUUGUACCCUUUUUUCCUACUUGCCAUCCCAACAGAUAGAUAUCCCGUUACCCUUUAUAAUCUGUAAUUUUUAAUUUUUUUUAAUUUUAUUAUUAUGUGAAAGGAUAUUGUAACCCUAAGCUAAGU